UAGGCAUCAACAUGCACUGGGGAUUUUUCUAUAUACAGCUGCUACUCUUGCUGACCAUCGGCGUGACCCAGGGAUCACAUUUCUCCCGCGAUGAGAGCAGUGAGGCUGACCAGACCGAGUUUAAUUUGGCCUCUACCUUGAAGGGGGGCAUCAGCAGCAAUCGUCAUCAUGCGCGUGCUCAUCUCAACUCGCAACUGUAUCCGGAGAUAACGCAGCUACCCAGUCAACAGCCAAGUGCUGGGUAUGUCUCAGCUGAUAUCGAUGAGCCGUCGGCACAUGAGAGCGGCGGCAGUGGCAUUGGCACCUUGGAUGUUCAUGUGGGUCCUGCUCCUGGCAAUCGUGUGAUUGCUCCUGGCAAUCGUGUGGUUGCUCCUGGCAAUCGUGUGGUUCCUACUGACAACCAGAACGGUGUGGCCAGUAUUUAUCCCGCUCUGCCCGUUGGAGGAGCUCCUGCGUAUCCAGCACCGACACCAGGUGUAGCUUUCCAUAUACCAAAUCCAAAUUUGUAUCCUGGUUAUCCCUAUCCGGGUCAAUACCUGCCACAGUACCCCAUAUAUCCGCAGAGAGCACCCUUUGCUGGAUAUCCCGAUUAUACAGGACCACAACCCGGAUAUCCAGGACCACAACCAGGCUAUCCAGGACCACCACCAAGCCCGCCAAACUAUCCACAUCCAAUGCCACCGCUAAGCUAUCAGAACCAACAACACUUUGCACCAUCUCAGCCACUACCAGGACAACGCGAGCACUUUGAUCACAGCUUCACCAUGAACACCGAAUACAAGGAGGAUGGUGUACACAAAGGACCUUUUGGUCUGCUCAACAAUCGCAAUGGUCAGGGCUAUGGCAGCGGUUUUGGAGGCGGUUAUAAUGGCGCCUACAAUAGGCCAGGUUACUGAAAAGAACAGAAAAAUUUAAGAAAAAAUUAAAUGUAUGGUCAUAAGUUAGGUGUAAGCUUACACACCGCGUGCCAAAUGCAGAGGCAGCUGCUUCUUGAUCCUUGUUCCUUGUUGCUUGUGGCUUGGUUCCUCAAUAAACUUGAUUUGUGCACGCCCAA